UAUUUUCAUGGCCGCCAUUACUGUUGUUCAGUAUCCUCGAAUUCCAAACUAAUUGGAUUGGAAAACACGUCUGUUCACAUAUUCAGUGCAAUUUGCUGUGGUAUUACACACCUGGAAUGGAAUACAAGUUUGCUGUUGUGCUUUUAAAUCGAAAGCGUGAUCCGUUUGGAUAAUAAUGACCCUGUGUUGAUUGUAAACAAACUAUCAGUUCUGUCGGUUGCGGAGCCGAGGCGAUUUCCGAUUUAAUGAAAGUCGAAUGGUGCGAAAAUAAAGAAAACAGUUGUUUGUGUCAAGAUUAUACUGCUCUACAAUGUAAACGAGUUUUCCAGUACCACACAGUAUGCUUGACUUCAAAGAAAUCUAGCCACUGGCACUAAAAUAUUAUCAUGCUUCAUGGUGACAUUACAUAUGUGGUGAGCUUGGGAAAUACAAAAGCUUUUCCAAUGAGUGUCUUAUGUAAGCCGUCACAAUGAGCAUUGUGUUGCGCAUUGGGGCGGUGAGAACAAGUUCUUUUGGUGUGGACCAUCUUUCCUCAGGGCAGGAUGCAGCUAACUCGGAUUCAGACGUCCUUGACCUGCCAGCUUCUGAAGAGGCAUACCAUCGUCCAUCUCAAACAUACUCUGGGUGUUUUGGACUCCCAUAUCAGGACCACAAUUAUGGAGCUCCACCACCUUUGUCACCUACUCCUCCAAAGUCUCCACCAGCAUCAGCACCAAAGAUCAAUGGUGUUGUGGAACUGGAAGAGGAAGCGAAAGUCCCAGUUAUGUGCAAUGAAGAAGUAGUGGAAGAUAGUAUCACACGAUGCAUUUGUGGGUUUUUGCAUGACGAUGGUUAUAUGAUCUGCUGUGAUAAAUGCAGUGUCUGGCAGCAUAUUGAUUGCAUGGGGGUGGACCGGAAUAAUAUACCAGAGAGUUACUGCUGUGAACUAUGUGAACCGAGGACUCUAGAUGCCGAACGUGCAAAAAUGAUCCAGCUUCGCAAGAGAGAAGAAAUAGAUACAAGUGCUACAGAUACAGACCCUGAAGAGCCUGCAAAUGCUUUAGCAUCUUUAGGUAAAAAGGCAGUGCAAGUCAAGCCUAAAGCUGCAAAGCAAAGGCGAAUUACAAAAUCAGCCUCAAGAGAGAAAGGAAUGUUUAAAACAGCAAAGCUUUCCAGGCCAAGUCAGCAUAAAAAAGACAAAAAGAUAAAGGUCAUUAAGAAAGAAAAGGAAAACAUGAAAGAUGCUUCUAAGAAGCAACGGAUGGGGAAAACCUGUGUGCAGAAGCAAAAGAAGUUGAACAAGAAGCUGAGUUCUACCCUGAGUCAGAAUAAAGCUGACCUGUGGGAUGUUGCAAAUGGACCCUGGUUGAACAUAGCAGAAACAAAGGAAAAUGAGUACAGCCCUGAGGUCUUGGAAUUAUUAUCUCAUGCCAAGUCAAAUGGCAUACAUUCUCCGCACACAAUUGGUGUGUUUCCAGAAGAGCUGCUGGUUCAGCUUUACAAGGUAUCAGAAGUGAAACCAAAUACAAAUUGUUUGGAAGCAACAGACCUAAUUGUGCCAGGCAGAGCCAUCAUCGAAUUUAAGGGCAAGGUGAUGCUGCAGCAGCACUAUCAGCCAAGUCCAGUCAGCAAUCAGGAGCAACAAUAUGUUCUACUCUACUCCAAGUUCGAAGGCUUAGAUUUGUGUAUAGACUCCACUGCCUAUGGAGGAGAUGCUCGAUUCAUUCGCAGAUCAUGUACUCCAAAUGCUGAGAUGUGCCAUAUCAUUGACAAUGGAAACCUUCACUUCAUUGUUCAAGCAAAGAAAGAGAUCAUGAAGGGUACCGAGAUCACCAUACCUUUUGAUUUUGAUUACCAGAAUGUGUGGGUGGAGUGUGCCUGUGGAAGAAAUAGCUGCCCUGUAACCAAAUUUUGGAAGAGGAAGCUUGCACAGAAAUCUCCAGACAAAACAAAACGCAAGCGUCAGGCAUCUGAGGAAGGUCAUGUGCGCAGGAAUUCUCAAAGUAAAAGCAGUCCAGUGAAAGCAUCAAGCAAAGUGCCUGCUAAAGUUAGCCCCCUUAAGGUCAGUCCUGGCAUCACACCACCUCACCAGCCACUUGAGGACAGCACUUCUCAAGAUGGAUUUCCAAACAUUGAUAUAGUGCAGCACACACCUGUGGUAAAACCAGCACCAAUUUCACGAAGAUCAAGUCGAGCUGCCUCUGAUGGUAAAGAGGACCGUGAGAGUAAACCUGCCAAACAGAUUGAUCCCCACUACACAGAGGAUAUGGCUGUUCAUGUGGCUUCUAAUCAUCAGGAGUCUGUUCAGGAGAUGAUGUCACCAUCAGAUGCUGUACCAGCAUCUGCUGAAGCCGAUAUUGACUCUGGAGGAGAAUGUCCCAGGAAACUGACCCGGGAAGAGCGAAAGAUGGAGGCUAUUAUGAAAGCUUUUGAAAAGAUGGCUAGAAGAGAGGAGCGGCGGAAAGAAGCUUUAGCACGCCUUGAUAAAAAGCACGAUGUGAAGAAGGAAGAAAUCACUGCGGACAGUUAUGCAACCAGCACCAUUGAGUCCAACGUGGAAAAGGCCAUAGAGCAAACUGUGUCUCAUCCGCCUGCAUCGUCAACAGUUGCUAGCAUGUCAACUACUGUCAGUGGCAAUGUACUUGAUCUUGAAGGCCGAGCUGUGAUAAAAGUGGAAGAUUCAAGUCCUACUACUGUUGUUGAAUCUCCACACAAAGCACAAAGGAGAAAGACAAAGCGACAAAGAAGACGAAGCCGAGUGCAGAGUGCUAGUGCUGUAGAGCAUGUGCUUGUGCCCCAGAGUCUUACACCAGUGGCUUUACCUGGAGGCAUUGAGACUUGCACUCAGGGAGGAGAGGAUGUUAAGGAGGAGCCUGGGGAGCACAUCCUCAGUCUACCAGCCACUCCUGUGACUGGUGUUGCUGAUACAGCAUCUUCAUCUUCCUGUCCCAGCUCUGCUCCUACUUCCUUUAUCUUCCACAAGACGAAAAAGCACCUGUACAGUGAGUGGUCAGUGUCAAGAACACCUGAUGGGCGUAUAAGUGGACGAAUGGAUCCUCUUGAGGUGCAGGUGGGUGAUGAAGAGAUGUUUGUCUCCUACACACCAAGUCCACGCAAUGCCAUGGAGCACUUACAGCGCCGAAACAGCACCUCUGCUGGCUGCUAUGCCCGUGGGCCAGACCCAUCCAUUGGUAAUGCAAAAAAGAGAUGGUUGCGACAAGCAAUGCAUGAAACUGGACCACCUGGGGUAGAAAGUGGAUCUUUGUCACCAGUACAUGGAGACAGCUCAAGUCCCACCUUCUUCAGCUCUUCAAUGCCUAGUCCAGGGGGAUCACCACCAGGAGAUUUUUUGACACCUUUGAAAAAGCGCCGGCUAGCAAGAGAAUCCCUGUCACAGGAUCAGCCAUCCUUUGCUCCACCCACUCUAAUGCCAUCUGUUACACUACAUGAGCCCUUAGACUUCACAGGCAUUCAAGACAGCCCCAUCAGCUGCUCUUCGCCUCUCAUGGCAACACCAGCCACUCCUGCCACUGUGACAUUGCCUGCAAUAGCUCACAUUCGUACUCGAAAUGGCCUUUUAAAUUCAAGAAAUGGCUCAUGCGAUGCUAAAACUUUGGAGAAUAGAACAGCAGGAACAUCAAGGCAGCUUGACCUCCGCCAAAGUUCAGGAAGCAGUACAUCAGAAACAGAAGGUGCUGCAGUGGCAAGAGAGACAUCUUUCAUUCAUGAUGAACUGUCCAUGGAUGAGCUCAGACCCCACUCUGUGGAAACAGCCACUGUUCAGAGUUCAGUACCAAACACACAGUUUGAUGGUUCUGGAUAUUCUAAAGUUCCUGACCUGCCAGAGAAUAUUUCUGAAUGCCAAAGUGCAGAACCAUCUUCUUUUUCAGAAUCUAGCUCAAUGAAUGAAACAAUGUGCAUGGAGGUUUCUGCAGUGGAUAGUUCAGCUGAGGUUUCAGAAGAAGGAAGUGAGAAUUUCACAGUUGGAUGCUCGGAUGAGGCUUCCCUCAUGAACACUGGUAGGGGGUCUUCUGUGGCAGGGAGAAGUUGGCCUGAACAAGAGAGGGUUGUAGAAUGCAGUUCUGCUUCAUCGGAGGUAGAAGAGAGACUACAACAAGUGGAAGCAGAUGUAAGUGAAGGGACUUUGCAAGAAGAGGAAGCAGUAGAUGAUGACAUUGGUGGCAAUGAAGCAACAAGCAAAGUGUGUGAUACAGGCCAUAGUGGCUUAGGGCUACCAGUGUUAUUUCCUCAUUCAACUCCAGCUGAGUGCCUAGUAAACAGCUCACAGGAUGUAGCCUGGACCAGCAGUGUUGAGGCCAGAACCAGUAGCAUUAGUUGUAGUCCCAGCCAGGGAGAAGCUGAGUGUUACAACUCUAGUGAUUGUAUUAGAGAAGUCUUCAAUCAGGGUACCAGUGGUGAGAGAGACAGGGGUCGUGUAAGUUCUGCCCAAGAUUCCUCACUGCUGGACUUCUCUUGUGUGAUAGCAGCAGACCCAGAGGGUUUAGGUUUAUCUGACACAGAGUAUGGGCCAUCAUCUAGCACACAGGUGGUGCCUUGUGCAAGCAUGAGAACUGACCCAGGGUGGAGGAGAGAGCACGGAGCUGAUGACAUGGUCUGUAAUAGCUCUGAUGCUUCAGCACCUUGUUUACCCCCUCGCCAUGCUGAAGACAGUAAUGUGGACUCAACAACACAGAAUGGGUUGCAUGUGACACACACAGAGGCUGGUCCUCAACCUGGUUGUGCUGAGGAAGGCAUGGUGAUAACAUCACCCUCUUUUGGGGAAAAUGAUGUUGGCAUCUUUUGUGAUAGUAACUCAGAUCGGGGGGCCUUCUCUGAGGCUUCUGAUGAAACAGUUGGUGUUACUUCUGGUCCAGCAGAUUCACAGUCCAGUGAAGUUUUACACACAGACCCAUUGAUUAGCAUUGCAGACUCUAGCCUUGCUGGCCCGUUGCGGCAUGAUUCCCGGGAGGAGGAGCCAGAUAUUGAUCAUGCACAUGGCAGCAGGCAAGUGUCUAGCGCUUCUGUAAAUCAGCUGCCUCUUCCUGCCAGCAUUUCAGACCAGCUAUCUGUUCAGGUGACACCCAGUGCUUCUUCAGAUGUGUACAAUUUGUCUCCAAGUCUAGACAGUUGCUGUCCAGACCAACUAGUUUCCAUGUCUAGCUGCUGCACGCCGGCUAGCACAGAGGGUAGCCAGGAUGUUACAGUGUCAUCGCGGCAUUCGGUGGAUAGUUCACGGCAGUGUUUGGAGCACAUAGUGGAAGCCAGCACUUCCUCUCAGAGCACUACCAUGCAGCAGGAAGGUGUGGAGGUUCAGAUGCCAGAGUCCAGUGUGGUACCUGGGUCUGGCACAUCAGAAGACUGUGAAGGUCUGGUGUGCAGGGUCCAUUCCCAAGGAAUCACCAGCAUGUUUUUUGGAGAGGACAGUGUGGCAAGCGCCUGUAGUUCACAGCCUUCAACAUCUAUGUCUGUUUCCUCCUCAGAAGCUCAACCUGCACUAUCUGCUACACCUGCUUUGAAGAAAAAGGUUAGCUUGCUGGAAUAUCGAAAGCGUCUUAAGGAUAAAACGGGACCUACCUGUAACUCCAGUAAUAAUGCCACCUCUCUCAAGAGCUCUCCUAGAGCAGGCAACCCUGGUCACAGAUCCACCUUGGACAACCCCGUCACUUUAGCCCCUCUGCCUUUAUUUGAGCCCCUUUCUGUCACCAGAGAAAUGAGAGAGAAAGAAAGGAGGGAAAAGCAUAUGAGCCUGACAGAACGCUUACGAUUCGAAUUUGGUUUGGAAGACAGCGAAGAAGAAGAAAAGACAACCAGUUCAGAUUCGGCUGCUCAUUCAUCAUGGGACAUACCUCCACCACCACCAUGUCCACCUAAUGGUAUGCCACGAGCACCAAUACCAGGUUUACCUACUAGUGUCAGUCAAAGAGUAUCUGAAGAUGAAAAAGAAAGUAGCCAUGCUGUCACCUCUGGGCACCCAGCAACCGGUUCCCCAGCAAAUGUGAUCCCAGCUGCUGCAGCCGUAUCGAACACAGGCACAGGGAAUAACCACAGCCCUGCUGUACAGCUGCCUCUUGGGAGCACAGCACCUCACAGUCAUACCCAGUUGCCAGUUGGCCUUGCCUGGCCUUCCAAGCUUCAUGAUUUGCAGCAUGGCUCUCUUGGGCUAGGUCUGGGAGGAGUAGCUGCAGCCACCCCACACCAACAUCUCUCCUCUUCAUCAACAUUUAGUCACAGUGUAACACAGCAUUCUUCAAUCCCACAUUUUCAAGAUGGUCUUGUUUGUCAUGUUUCAGGACAACUUGGAGGUACACAUUUACCAAAUGGAGCUCACAGUCAGCCAGCACCCACAUCCUUUCAGCAGUCAAGCCUGGUGGGGGUGCCUUCUACAUUUCCUCUAACAAGCCACCAACCUUACUCCCUGGCAGGAAAGCAGCAGCCUCCUCCGCCACCCCCACCGCCACCUCCACCACCGCCAGCCACUGCCUACCCAUCUUUCCUUGCUCAGUCUCGAACUCUUCCUCCUCCACCACACCUACAUCCUACACAGACAUCCGCUCAGCAACCUGCUCGUCAUGGGCGAAGUUCAAGUUUUUCUGUUCUGUCCACCACCACCUCUUCAUCACAUGGGAACAGCAUUCGAGCCAGACACUCCUCUGGUGACCAUGCUUCGGGACGCAUGCACGGCCACUAUCAUUUUGACCAGUUUAGCCAAACUUCCAAACAUAAAGGUCACCAUGGCAAUCAUUCAAGCUCUGACAGAAAACGACACUGAUGCAGCUCAGAUUUCUAGGAAGUAUAUGGUCAAGUGAAAAGUACAGAUGACAUUUUCACAAGGAGUAUGCUGCUUUUUUCUUUUAGGGAAAGUGCCAGGUGCAUCUGAUGGAGCCAGGUUUCCUAAUUCAUUUUUCUCACCUGCUGAAUGUUGUAGAAUGUCAUCAGUCUGUACUUGAGACUAACUGGUACAGGGAGUCUUGCUUAUAAAUGCUGUUAAAUGACUUUCAAUAGCUGUUAACAGUCAGCAAGAUUCAUAGUAUAUAGGAUUGGGUAAUGGCUUUUGUGUCAGCAGCAGAAUGACAGAAUUUUGUGUGUGUGCAUGCAUGCAUGCACAGAAAAAAUGGUUGAUUCAUUAAAACAUCUAAAUGUAUUUUUUUAAAAACAGCUUCAUCUGUUGUCACUCAUUUCUCAGCCCAGAAAACUCCACCUUGCAUGUGUAACCAGCAGAUCAUAUUUUUGUAGUCUGAAUGUGUUCAAUGCUUCAAGGACAUGUGGCGUGCUACUUCAACCUGUACAAGUGUGGCGUGAAGCGACCUGGUUCAGCCCAUGAUUUGCAGCUGCUAGCUUCUGUGCUAUUGGUUAUCAAUGGCAACAGAAACAGGUGAACAAGUCAUGACUGGCGUUGCUGUGUGUUCAGUGUCAGUGCCUUGAGUAAGAGCUGUGAGCAACCAUUGUGACUCAAAACUUACACUGCGCGGAUGUCUGUUAGACAGAUCACAUUUUUUGCUCUUUCUCUCCCCACCAUUUUUUUUCUUUUUUGAAAACAACUUCACAGGGCAAUGGUGCUGUAUGUAGAAACAGAUUUGCUCGCAGUGGCAAGUGCUAACUCCAUGGUUACAUUUUUGUACAAUGAUAACCUGGAGGCACAUCAAGUUAGAUGUGUUGCUUCUGUGUGCAUAGCAGUAUCUGUUCAAAAAUGCUAGGAAGUGCAUAGCUGUGUUGAGUUGCAGCAAACUUUGACUAUUGAAAUACUUCUGAAUUUACCAUGUUGUGUUUAUUGAUUUAUCCUCAAUUUUAUAGGUUAGAAUUUGGAAGUGUACAUGAAUGUUACAUAAUAUGGAAACAGUUUUUGAUGGGUUUUAUGAGUGGGCUGUUUAGGAAAUUUUUCCUUUGUUUCUGAGCUUAAGCAGUAUUUUGUUAUUGCAUGUUAUGAGCGUGUAUGUGUAAUGUUUUGUUCAUACUUAUGAAACAAUUUGCAAGUGUGUAUUGGGGUAGGAAUGGAGUGAUUGAAAGAGUGCAUGGUAGCAUGCUUGUAACAUUUGCAUGGUAGCAUAGAGAAAAGUGGUUUUUAUAUGUGAAUGAAAUAUUUAUUGUCUGUAAACUUUUAAAAAAAAAAUCAGUUGUCUCAGCAACUUUAGUUUGCUUUAGCAGCUCGGCUAACAGAAGCUUAAAAAGUCAUAUAAAGUAUAUAGUAACCUUACCAUAACCUUGUUGUCCAGAUGGACAUUAACCUGUAAAUAUUGCCAUUUUUGUAUCUUGGGCCCAUUAGCUGUAAGUUCUUUAAGUUUCUUCUGUUAAUUUUAUAGAUGUUGGCAUAGCCUUCGUUAAAAAGCAGAUCUACACGCCCUUUUCCAAUCUGUAAAUACUCUGCACACAGUGCCAGCAUUUGCAGGUGAUAACUCUAUAUAGUUGAAUCUUGUUUAAUAAUCAGUUUCGUCAGUUGAAAUUGAGCUUCUCAAUUCCAUACAUAAUACCUAGCUUUUAUUGGUGCCUGUUGUGGGUGUUACUGUACAUAGUGAAAGAGGCUGCCCGUAGAAUAACAAAGCCAGUUUGUCUUGGUUCCAGUGGCUGCCUGUUGUAGCAUUUGCACCUGAAUCAGGUGAACUCUUCUUUCUUCCUCUGAGAGUUGCAUUUGCUGUAAAUAAAAAUCUCUUACUCUGCUGUUGUGCAUUUUUGAUAUUUUGUGUUUUGUGUACAGUUUUGGUAUGUUGAAAUGUAUAUACCACUUAUAAAAACAGGUUUUAAAAGAAGUUAGACAAUGUCCUGCAUCAAAACUGUACAGAUUUAAAAAGUAUGAUUCAUACGAAUGAC